AUGGCAGACAUGGCGCGCAGAACGGCGAACGGCGUGCCGUUUCAGCCGAAGCCCAUCGAGGACAUGCACGAGCUGACGUACCUGGAGUACCUGCUGCAGCUGGCGUUCCACACUGCAGACCUGCACGUCACCAAGGCGUUCGCGCUCGCCAGUCCGGAAGACGAAGCCCGCUUCAAGAGCAGCUCUGCGGAGCUUUACCAGGGCUCCAUCCUCCCGGUCUGGAUGGACAUGAACCGCAUGGAGCCUCCGCAGUCGUUCGACGACUGCGCCAAGCGCGGCACCAUGUCGGUGGACGUGACGCAGCAGCUGUUCGAGACCGGCACCAUAUCGCCUCCGUUAGGCUUCCAGGGCAACCCUACCGGCUCGUACCGCAUGCUGCUCUUCCGCGUCGCCGUGGGCCGCACGAUGUCGCACACUCCAGAGGCGGGGGACCACGACGCGUUCUUGAAGCGCAGGGUGCCGGCCGGCUACGACUCCCUGGAGCUGUGCACCAACACCGAGCCCGCGUUCUACAACGCGCUUUAUCGCAUAAGCUCCGAGCGGCAGGCGUUGCUGUGCGCCGCCGUGGAGUUCGAGUUCACCCCGGUCAAGAUCGAGGUGCCGGAGCCCGUCUGCGAGAUGUGUGAGUCGGCCGCGGCCCAGUGGUACUGCCACUCGGACAAGGCACACUUCUGCAACGCCUGCGACGCCAAGCAGCACUCGGUGACGCCCAUAUUCGCGCGCCACACCCGCGUGGCGACGUCCAAGUCGCCGGUGCAAUUCGGGCUGUGCGAGUCGCACCCCUCGGAGGUCAUCGACGUGGUCUGCCUACAGUGCAACCGCGCCCUCUGCAGCCACUGCAUACUCUUCGACGCGCACUCCGACCCGUCCUUCUUCGACCACCCGCUGAUGUCGACCCUCGACGCGUACGAGUGCGCCACGCGCAAGACGUCCGAGAGCGACGCCGUCCUGAAGCGGCGCAUGGAAACCAUCAUGGGGCGGAUCCGGAACCGCCACGACCUGCUGUCGCAAAUCUACGCGAACUUCAACAACGUGCGCGAGAAGAUCGACAACGCCACCUCGAUGCUGCUGGAGCGGCUGGACGGCAUGCGCGCCCGCAAGCUGCAGUACCUCAAGGCCAUCCGGCGCGAGGCCGAGACCGAGCUGCUCCUCAUCGACUGGCUGGAGAGCUCCAUGGCGCACCUGCUGCUCUCGCUGAACCACGCCGACUUCAUCACGAACCGCAAGAAGUACGACCUGCUGGUCGACAAGAUGCUCGGCGCGGACUGCAGGGUCAGCGUCUCCAACCUCCCCUUCUGGAUGACGCAGCGCCUGGUGCUCGUCGGCGGCACCGAGUUGAGCCGCAUGCCGCUGCAGCAGGCCAUCGGCAGCGGCGCAACCGCGAACGCGGGCGCCUCCGACGCCGCCGUGGCCGGCGACUUCACGCGCACCAACCUCUUCGAGGACCUCGGCGACGGCGUCAGCCACGUCCAGGGCGAGCGCGUCAGUCUGAAGAGCAAGAUCGACUCGAUCCUCAAGAACGAGCCCAUGGAGCUGACCGGAGUGCCUCACAGCGUGGCGGUCGGCGCGGCGCGCACGGAGGACGGCGCCGCGUCCCCGACGGGCCCAGCGCCCGAGCCGCAGCCCUCCCAGCUGGUGCUGGCGGUGCAGGACCACGUCCUGGAGCCGGUGUGGACGCUGCUCUCCGAGGGCGGGAUGGCGACGCUGCUGCACUUCAUCCGCGCGGUGCGCAUCCCGGAGAAGAACCACGUGAUCAGGCACGUCGCGACGCUGGCCAACUACUUCGAGGAGAUGGACACGCUGGUGACCAACGCCUGCGAGUUCGAGAUACAGGACCUCAGCCAGAGCAGCCUCUGCAUGCUGAUGCGCAGCUCGAGCUGCAUAAGCGAGAUUCUGAACUUCAUAUUCCUGCACGAGCGCUACGGCUGCGAGGAAUCGAUCGAGUGGGUAAAGCUAUACUGCGACUGCCUGCACGCGUUCGUCGCGGACAACGCCGACGCGAGGCACGCGGCCGAGGAGGCGACGUCCCACGUCGUGAACAAGCUCGUGCAGUCGUCCGACGUGGCCACGAUGCCCUCGACGCUGCGGUUCAUGAUUUACUUCUUUGCUGAGUUGGCAGCGGACCGCGCCGCAAGCUUAUGUGUCGACAUGCUAUUCGGCGUGCUCUUCUCGGCGCACGUGGCACGCAACGUGCGGGGGCUCGACCGCGGGGCGCUGACGGAGGUCUCGUUCCUCAUGGGGCGCGUCGGCAUCGCGUGCUGGGACGCGGUGGAGACGAACUCGCUCGAGUUCUGCCUCGCCGCGCGCCUCAAGGUCUGGAUGCAGGGGCUGCUCAGGCGCCCCCGGCUGAAGUCCAGCAUCCACACGAGGCCCACCGCCGUCCCGACGGAAUCGCUGCUCUACGUCCUCACCGCACUGGACAAGAUGGCAAUGGAGAUCAACUCCGGGACCUGCGGCCUGCCCGUCGAUCAGGUCAACGAGCUGACCGCCCGCUACAACUUCAUCCCGCUCUUCGAGAUUGCCGGCCGGUGGGCGCGCGCCGCGCGUGACGACAGGAGCGGCUGGUAG